AUGGAAUCGUGUGAUUCAAUAUCAACUGAUGAAACAUCAUCAUCAUCAUCAUCUUUUUCUUCUUCAAAAUCAAUGAAUUACUUAUCAUCAUCUUCAUCGUCAAAACCAACUGAAUCAUCAUCUUCAUUGUUAUCAAUUUCACCUAAACCAACAAUUACAAAAACAACGUCAAAUAAACGAAAAACUAUGUUAACUAUCAAUGGUUAUCAAUAUCAGCUGAAAAAUUUCAAUAAAAAUAAAACAAUUAAAUUUCUGCGUUCUGCUAAUAGAAGUUGUGGUGUGCUUUUACACACGAAUCUUAAUGAUGAAUUUGUGCGUUUUUCUGGAAAAACAACUGAACAUUCUCAUUUACCAAAUCCUGCUGAAUUGGAAAUACGAAAUCUUAAAGAAGUAAUACGACAAAGAGUUGAAAAUGAAUUACCACCAUUAGAAGAAAUUGCUGAAUAA